AUGGGGUUCAACCUCUUUCACAUCCUCGGCGACGUCUCGCAUACGUCAUCAAAGCUCAUACUGAUAUGGGCGAUACACUCAAACAGCAGUGCUGAGGGUGUCUCUCUCAUCACUCAAGUCCUCUAUGCGCUUGUCUUCGGCACGCGAUAUCUCGAUAUCUUCACUUCUUCGGCGACCAAGGAUGGCUGGCAUACGUGGAACUUCUCGUUGAAGAUCUUCUACACACUGUCAUCACUGUACAUCAUCUUUUUGAUGACGAGCGUAUACGCACGCACACGCGAACGCGAGAAGGCAUGGAAGUUUGGCAUGUACUGUCUGUUGGGUAGCGUACUCAUGACUCCGUUCUGGUACCUCAUCGUCAAGGAUACCCUUCUUGGGCAUAACGCCUUCCUCAAGGUCCUCUGGGUCUUCUCCGAAAUCCUCGAGUCCGUCUGCGUUAUCCCACAACUCCUCCUCCUCCGACAAACUACUGUGCCCACCGUCCUCGACUCUUUCUAUCUCGUCACACUCGGUACAUACCGCUUCCUCUAUGUCUUGAAUUGGAUCAUGCGUGGCGCCAAAGAACCCGGCUAUCGCGACCCUACGUCUUGGGUGUGGGGUACCAUACAGACAGCACUCAUAAUCGAUUUUGCGUGGGUGUACUGGACGCGACAGCGCGUGAAGCUUCGCCAUGGCGGCGUGGUAGAUUCGGAUGACCUCGGUCGCGGAUGGAUUGUUGGACGCUUCGUGAGCAGGAAGAGCAUGGAUUUCGACUACGACGAGGAGACUGCUGGACAGCGCAACGACACCACACAGCCCAAGAACAAGUGGGGCCGGAGAGGCAUCUCUGUGUCAGCAGACGAAGGUGUGGAAGGUGCGCCGAAGCGAACGACUCCAGAAAGAGCCAACGUGGACCCAGAAAGCCAACCGUUGGCCGACCCUGCCGCGUUCGAAGAUGAGAGCGAUGAUGAUGCGCCACCACCUGGUACUGCUACUUCAGUCGCUGAGCAGAGCGGUGUCAGGAGGGAUGAAUGGGACGACGAUUUGGACGAGGAUGCUACCGAACAUGAUGCAACCUCGAAAGCCAUCAGAUAA